AUGACCUAUCUCCAGUUUUUUGCAUACUUCGCAGUACUGCUCGCUGCAGCUCUCCUCAUCAUCCGCACGAUGGCUUUAUGGGGUCAUCAGUGGCCAAUCACUGUUCUUCUGUGCGUAGUAGAGCUGGCUAGUUUCGCGCUCAACAUCAAUGCCAUCACCAAGAUCGAGGCUCUCUGGGGUACCAUACCACCACUCUCAGGCUCUUGCUUGUUCGUCAACACGUAUGACGUGCGAUCCAGCAUAUUAGGCAUCCUUCUGGCAGAUCUAAUUCUUCUCACCGUCAUGCUGGUCGGCGUUCUCCGACGGAAAUCGCAAUCGUCAUUAUGGACUUUGCUCCUCAAGCAGGGCAUUGUAUCUAUCGCGCUCGCGACCACCAUCGGUAUCCCACCCGUUACAUUGAACUUCCUGAACUUGAACGGCGCUAUGAACAUGAUGCUUCACUUCCCUUGCUUCAUUGCCUGGGUUGUUGCUAUCACGAGUCUUUACCGACAGCUCGAACUACACAAGGCUGGACCUGAGGAGCGUCACGCAUUCGGGACGUCUUACCUUGACACUACCGAACAAACCAUGUUCAAUAUCACGCCCAUACCGUGCAAGCAAGAGCUCCAUUCACCCGAGAACAUGAUCCUACGACCAAAUAGGUUGGGCGAUACUCCCGUGGAUCGACCCUCUUUCCAGUACUCGCAUGCGCCCCAAAACUCCAUACAAAGCGUCCGCCGGAUCCCAACUCCUGUUUUGGCCCAGCAAGGACCACGACACUCCGUACAUGAGAUUAGGCCGCUUCCAGCUAUUCAUGGCGUACCCGACUCCCCUGAACUUGAUCAGAAGGACCCUGGUUUGGAGAACUACACUUAUCCGCCUGCGAGUGCCACGAGCACGUACGGGGAUGAUACCACGGCUGUGGCAAGGUCACCUACAUCAUGA